AUGCCACAAGCUUCUGCUUAGCCUUGCGUCGCGCUGGUUACGGUGACUAUAUACGUUUCUAGUAGAUGACCUUGCAACCGUAGCUGGCAGCAAUUUUUUUUAAUCCUUCACUUAACUCGUCACCUUGCAGAAGUAGGUUACCUGCCACUGCUUGUAUUUUCAUUAAUCAGGUUUAGCGAACCACACCGGGAAUCCCGAGGAGAAUAUGCAAGACGAAGACAUCGUGAUCAGCGGAAUAUCCGGCCGCUUUCCACAAGCAGACAGCCUGGCCGAGCUUAGGAAGAAGCUGUAUGCGAGCGUCGACCUCGUCACGGACGGUGAAUCCCGAUGGCCACAAGGACUCGUUGCUGUGCCCGAAAGAAUGGGAACUAUCAAGGACCUGUCCCGCUUCGACGCGCAGUUCUUCGGCGUACCUCCUAGACAGGCCAACGUCAUGGACCCACAGCUCCGGCUACUUUUGGAGACAUCGUACGAGGCCAUUGUCGACGCUGGCUACGACCCGUCGACAAUGCGGGGUCACAGAGUCGGCGUAUUCGCCGGCUGCAUAUUGUCUGAAACGAGGGUCGCAUUGAACGUCGACGUGGACGAGGUCGAUGGCCACACGUUGGUCGACAACCUGUCGGCUAUGCUCGCGAAUCGCGUCUCCUACGCAUUCGAUUUUAAUGGACCAAGCUUCACAGUGGACACCGCAUCUUCGUCGACGAUGACCGCGUUGAACCAGGCUGUGCUGGCGCUCCGUUCAGGACAGUGCACGGCGGCCAUUGUGGGCGGCGCAAACCUCAUCCUUGAUCCCGUCUCGACACUUAACGGGGUUCGCCUCGGUAUUCUGUCACCAGACGGAAAGUGCAAGAGCUUUGACUCCAGCGGCGACGGGUACGCACGAAGCGAAACAGUUGGUGCCAUCUUCAUUCAACGAGCAUCUCAAGCCAGAAGGGUCUACGCGAAGCUGAUCCAUAUCAAAGCAAACGCAGACGGCUACAAGAUCGAAGGUAUCACCUUUCCAUCAAGCAAAGCACAAGAGCUGUUGAUGCGUGAAGUCUACGCCGAGGCAAAUAUCGAUCCAAGCAGCGUGUGCUACGUUGAAGCUCAUGGCACAGGAACGCAGGCAGGCGACCCGGCAGAGUUGAAUUCCAUAGCCAGCGUCUUUUGCCAAUCGAGACGGGGAGGAGCGCUGAAGGUCGGUUCUGUCAAGAGCAACCUUGGGCACGCCGAGGGCGCUUCAGGUGUUUGUUCGCUGGCGAAGGUGAUCCUGGCCAUGGAAACCGGCGAAAUCGCUCCCAACCUACACUUCAAUGAACCGAACCCUCACAUCCCUUCUUUGCGCGACGGCCGAAUCGAAGUCGUCAAUGCACCCACAUUCUUCCCUGGUGGCCUUGUAGGAAUCAACUCGUUUGGCAUCGGUGGAGCCAAUGUUCACGUCAUUCUCGAAGGCAACCGCGGUGAGCAUGUCGACUGCCUUACACGCGAGGCGUGGGAGGUGCCAAGGCUGGUUCUAAUGGCUGGAAGGACCAAAGAUUCGCUGCAGAAAUCCCUGAAAAAAUUGGAAGAAGAAGGACCCUAUCCGGAUUCUGCCUACGCCCUCCUGAACAGCGUAGGACAACCCAGUGUCAAGCGUUUUCCGUAUCGGGGAUAUGCAGUGGUUCCCGUGGAUGGGACUCAGAAGCAUCUCACGAAGGUGGUCGAGCGGUCUCCUUCCGACAAGCGGCCGCUCUGGUUCGUCUUUACUGGCAUGGGCUGCCAGUGGCCUGGCAUGGCAAAGCAGAUGAUGCAGUUCGACACAUUUGCCCGCGCCAUCCACGAGUCUCACAAGCUGCUGGAAACGUUCGGCUUCGAUCUCUUGGAAAUCCUAACCAGCAAUCAUGCUGGCACCGAGACAGUGACAUCAGCUUUCACGUCAAUUGUUGCAAUUCAGGUUGGCCUUGUGGAGCUGCUCCGAGCUGUUGGCCUGCAGCCGGAUGGCAUCGUCGGCCACUCGUUGGGCGAAAUCGGCUGCGGUUACGCCGACGGGUGCCUCACCGCGGAGGAGGCCGUACUAUGCGCCUUCUGGCGAGGACGUUGCAUCGACCAGGCAGGCCUCCCAAAAGGAGCAAUGGCAGCCAUUGGUCUGACGUGGCAAGAAACUGCAAGUCGCUGUGCAGGUGGCGUGCAACCUGCGUGCCACAAUGCUGAGGACUUGGUCACUGUGUCCGGACCAGCCGAAGCCGUAGCCGAGUUGGUACAUCUCAGGGCUCAGAACGUGUUCGCUCGCGAGGUGAACAGCAUGAACGUGGCCUUACACAAUAGCCAAUUGCAGAGCGUGGGGCCACCUCUUCGCCAGGCAUUAGAAAAGGUGAUUGUCGAACCAAGGCCCCGCAGCGAACGCUGGAUCAGCUCAUCGGUUCCGGAGACAAAGUGGGAUGAACCCAUUGCUCAGCUCUGCUCUUCCGACUACUUCGUCAACAACCUUCUUUCACCUGUACUCUUCUGCGAGGCCCUACGUCACGUGCCUAGCAACGCAAUCUUGGUUGAGGUUGCACCUCAUUGCCUUUUACAGACUGUCCUGCGCCGGGCUGUCAGCGUCGAUGCCAAAUGCCUGAGCCUGAUGAAGAAAGACUCUGACAACCACUCGCUCUUCCUCCACACACUCGGUGCCCUGCACACUCUAGGUAUCCAGCUGGACCCGUCCAAGCUCUAUCCGCCAGUUCCGUGGCCUGUACCGCGAGGCACACCGAACAUUGCGCAUUUGGUAAGCUGGGAUCACUCCCACAGUUGGAGAGUCGUUGGAUGGAGAGACUUUCCGGCAUUUUCUGAGCUGGAAAGUGAGGACUCCUGA